CUCCUGUGCAAUGGCGUACUUCCCAAAUGGAUCAAUUUGCUAGCCAAAUUCGCUGCCGGUGUUCCCUUCAUUGAAUCUAUGCUUCCGGCCCACUGGGUUAGGCCUGCACUGCUGUACGAGUCCGAUUUCGAAGGUUUGAUGAAAUCCUGUGAAACCGAAAGUUCGGAAUUUUUCGACAAAGAUUCAACACAUUCCACAAAUUCAAACUUAUCUAAUGUCGGAUCAGCUUCGCAUUCUAUGUCUCACACUGUUCCGUCUUGUCCUCUUGCCAACGGAUCUUUGGCUUCCACUAGCAAGAGCAAUAAACGGCAACCUUGA